CGCUACCCGGUGCAUGGGUUUUUCCAGGAGCCGCCGGCAAGGGGGCUACGAGGAAGCUCUUUAGAGCGUAGCCGGAAAGGAGAAGGUGGGGCGAGUCUGGAGAAAAGGCCCCCGCCCCCCCUUACGGCCCCGCGGCAGUUAGGCCCUCGCAGCGGAGGGUUGAGACUACAGACAUCCCGCCAGAAUGAUUUCUGCAAAGCCCAGACUUGUCGUACCUUAUGGCCUCAAGACUCUGCUUGAGGGAGUCAGCAGAGCCAUACUCAAAACCAAUCCAACAAACAUCACCCAGUUUGCAGCAGUUUAUUUCAAAGAACUUACUGUGUUUAGAGAAGGAAAUAAUUCUCUGGAUAUAAAAGAUCUUGUUAAACAAUUUCAUCAGAUUAAAGUGGAGAAGUGGUCAGAAGAAACAGCACAAGAGAAGAAACCAGUAUGUGUGAAAGAGCCAGAAAGAACAUCUACAGUUUCCCAAGAACCUAAACGGAUGGAAAAAUCUACGGACACAGAGGAGGACAACAUAACUGCACCGCAGUUUAGCAACAAAACCACGCAGUUCCCGUCAGUUCAUGUUGAGCUGCUCUCAGAGCCUGAGGACGCCCCUGAAGUGGCUCGUGCUCCUUCGAAACCGACCGCCCCUGAGAAUGCCACCCCGCCCUCAUCGCCGUCGCCAGCAGCUGUCUCAUCCGAGCUGGCCUAUGUCCCUGCUGACCCAGCUCAGUUUGCUGCGCAGAUGUUAGGUAAUGUUUCCUCGGUUCAUUCGGAUCACUCUGAAGUUUUAAUAGUGGACGUGGCAACAAGUAUGCCCGUUUUUCCCGAGGAGAUGCUGAGCUCAGAGGCUGCUGAAGAGGGUGUGGUGGCCACUCCUGUGCCUUCUGGGGAGAUGGCAGCAGUGCAGGUUCUGAGCGGGACACCUGUCCACGGAGAUUUGGGUUCUAAACCUACAGACCGUAGGGCUGAACCACCGAUGGCGUCCUCAUUCCCCUUGCAGGAUGAACAAGAACCUCCUGCUUACGAUCAAGCUCCUCAGGUCCCUUUGCAGGCUGCUACUGAGGUGACAUCCACCACGCACACAGCAGCUAUCUAUAAAGAUGAGCCUGUGAUCGAAGGAGUUACUAAUGUUGAGCAAAUACUGGAGCAAACAGCUACCCCCUUUUCUGAUCAUGUUGCUCGUCUUAAAGGAAAUGAGCAGUCACUACCCCUUAGUCCCAUACUUGUAGUAGGCAAGACAGCCUCAGACGUGUCUGAAAAAUCUGUGGGUUCUGCAAACUUUGUGCAGUUGGAGAGUGCAAAAUAUGACUCCUCAGUACAUGUGGAGGCAGACGGCUCUGCCACGACAGUGAGCUCUGAAAAAUCUGUGCACCUUGAAGUGGACAUUUUUGCGCUGGCCCCUGGCAGUGCUGGGCAGCAGGACUCAGGGGAAAACCGUGCGUCCCAGGAGACGGAGGCCAAACCCGCGCUCUCAGGGGAAGCUGCACAAGUAGUGCGCUCAGCAAUAGCAGCAAGCGAAGCAGGACAACCACCACCAUAUUCUAACAUGUGGACCCUUUAUUGUCUAACUGAUAUGAGUCAACAAAGUCGCCCAUCACCACCACCUGCACCUGGGCCUUUCCCCCAAGCAACCCUCUAUUUACCUAAUUCUAAGGAUCCACAGUUUCUGCAGCAUCCACCAAAAGUUACUUCUCCAACUUACGUGAUGAUGGAUGACAGCAAGAAGACCAGUGCCCCGCCUUUUAUUUUAGUGGGCUCAAAUGUUCAGGAAGCACAGGAUUGGAAGCCUGUUCCUGGACACGCUGUUUCCCAGUCAGAUGCUUUGAAGAGAUACGCUGCAGUGCAAGUACCCAUUGUUGUUCCUACAGAUCAGAAAUACCAGAAACACACCCCCAAUCCUCAGAAUGCUAAUCCUCCUACAAAUGGACAAGAUGUCCCCAGACCACAAAGUCCAGUUUUUCUUUCUGUUGCUUUCCCAGUAGAAGAUGUAGCCAAAAAAGGUUCAGGAGUUGGUGACAAACGUACUCCCUGUGGAAGUUACAGUAUUGUUGGAGAAAUAACUGUGACUACUGCCAAUGUUCGCAGAGCAGAAACUUAAAACUGGCAGGUAAAUUCUCUUCCCAUGAUAUGUGGGCCUGAACACACUUGAGUUUUCAAGCAGGCUGAUCUGUUGACCUAGAGACUGAGGUAUUCUAAGACACUGAAUUGAGACACGCAGUGAGCUGGGGGUGCGCCCGGAUCCGACGUGGUGAUUGCCCCCACCUCCCUUACCACGUUACUACUCAGCGCACGGCAGGCGCACUGUGCUGCAGUGACGCACACCAAGCGUCCGGUGCCUAAAACACAUACCAAGCAACCAACUCAGCUAACUGAAAACCUGGCGCUGUGUUUAGCCCUGUAGAAGAUGCCAAAGGGAUGGAUUAACAUAAAGACAAGACAUAGUCUCGUGGGAAUUUUAUAGUCUAGUUGGCAGGUUUAAGGGGCGGGGAGGACAAGGUGAGAGAUUAUAUAUGGAGCACCCAGUCAAUGCGGUAAGUCUGCUCCCUUGCACAGUGAAUACUUACAGCAGAAUGGAUAGGUUGGAAACACAUUCAUGAGCUAAAGGGACAAGUGGUGUUAACCAUAGAUAAGAUCGUUUUUAUCACUCACAAAUCAUUAAAAAAUUUUUAUUCAACCAGUACUUACUACCAUAUACAGCACUAGCCUCUCCUCCCCAACGUGUGUACGUACAGCAGAGCAAGCAAAACAUGCAGCCACACCUUAGAAAAGUAAAUGAUAUGUGAAGUUUUAGGAAGAAAACCAGUAGGUACUGAUCCAGGCCCUCUAUUAGAUGGGGGUUCAGGCACAGAUGUAAACUGACGUCUGCAUAAGAGAAGGAGCCCACAGACAGAGGCCAAGGGCAGGAAAGAGCAUGGGGCUUAAGACUCUGCAAGUUGGCCACAAGGAGACAGGCUGGGAGGAGCCGGGGAGAGCACAUACAGUGAAAUUAGAUGUGAAGAGGGGACCACGUAACUCAGGCCCCUGCCUCCCUAACGAGGAGACUGGGACUGAACGUUCAGUGGAGGAGCCAGAGACGGCAGCUGUACGUUUGACAGACAAAAGCUAGAUUUCAGUUUUAGGCAGGUUCAAGUAAGUACCACAGUUAGUUACCAUCUUAAGGAGACUUUUCAAAAUAUCUUAGGACUAUGAGUAUUUACCUACUCCUACCCUUUAGACUUUCAGUGGAACUGUCAAAAUGGCCGUUUUUGGCAUGAGGUGCUGGGAUAUUUUAGUGCACAGAUAACAUAGUUAAGAGCUUAGCAGAAGAGCAGGAGGACAGAACUUGCAUUUCUGAUCAUCCACUCAUUUUACAUGUUCAGCUUUAUGCUUAAACAAGUCACUAUUUACAUUAUUCCUAACAGGUGCCGAA